AGCGUUGUGUAACGCUCUCCGUGCACAUGGGUUGCAGCAGAACAGCAAUGAUGAUGUCAUGUUUUCGAAUAGACGCAGUCUGGAACAUCCGGGUCCUGUCCCCGUGGCGUCUCACAAGCUAACGCUAGCUAGCGAGCUGUCAAGCUGUCAAGUGGAGAGGCUGGGGCAGACGGUUCAGCUUCCCUCCCUGGCUUGGCCGUACACUGAUUUUCCCCCUCAGAAACACAAGAGCCGAGCUUAUUCUUUUGCUCAAAAGCUGAGAUAAUGUAAUGCAAAACGGGAGCGCGUAAAGAGGGAGCACAGUUCCAGAGUUUAUAUGCACUGAGUGUUGAGUGACGACAGUUCACUGCUAGCUGUAGGCUAGCUAGCUUAGCCACCGCUAACCCUUACAUUUCGUCGUUGAACACCUUCUGGUGGUAACUGCGGACACUCGGUCCCUAUUGCACUUUGCGUUGCUGUCAUCUGAUAAUUUCUCUGCUUGGUUGUUGGAGGGACACAAUGGGGGCAUUUCUGGACAAACCAAAGAUGGAAAAGUACAAUUCCCAUGGCGAGGGUAACAACCUGAGGUAUGGGCUGAGCAGCAUGCAGGGUUGGCGGGUUGAGAUGGAAGACGCACACACUGCGGUGAUCGGUCUGCCCCACGGCCUCGACCCCUGGUCGUUUUUCGCCGUGUACGACGGGCACGCUGGCUCUCAGGUAGCUAAGUACUGCUGCGAGCACCUGCUGGAGCACAUCACUAGCAACUCAGACUUCCAAAGCGCCAUACAGGAGGACACCAGCGUGGAGAGCGUGAAGAACGGCAUCCGGACGGGAUUCCUACAGAUCGACGAACACAUGCGAACCAUCUCGGAGAAGAAGCACGGUGUGGACCGCAGCGGCUCCACCGCAGUAGGUGUGAUGAUCUCGCCAAGCCAUAUCUACUUUAUCAACUGUGGAGACUCGCGGGGUCUCCUCGGCAGGGGGGGAGCCGUGCACUUCUUCACACAGGAUCACAAACCCAGCAACCCGUUGGAGAAGGAGAGGAUCCAGAACGCCGGCGGCUCGGUCAUGAUCCAGCGAGUUAACGGCUCCCUUGCUGUGUCUCGAGCCCUGGGUGACUUCGACUACAAGUGUGUCCAUGGAAAAGGCCCGACGGAGCAGCUCGUUUCCCCAGAGCCUGAGGUGUACGCGAUAGAAAGGAGCGAGGGGGAAGAUGAAUUUAUUAUACUUGCUUGUGAUGGCAUCUGGGAUGUCAUGGCCAACGAGGAACUCUGUGACUUUGUGAGGUCAAGGCUGGAAGUUACAGAGGAUCUUGAAAAAGUCAGCAAUGAGAUUGUUGACACUUGCUUGUACAAGGGGAGCCGGGACAAUAUGAGUGUUGUGUUAAUCUGCUUUCCUGGGGCCCCAAAGGUUUCUCCAGAAGCUGUGAAACGUGAGGCGGAGCUGGACAAAUAUCUUGAAGCCAGAGUAGAAGAGAUAAUCAAAAAGCAGGGAGAUGAAGGCGUCCCAGAUUUGGUUCACGUUAUGAGGACGUUAGCGUCUGAGAGCAUCCCGAACCUCCCUCCUGGUGGAGAGCUGGCCAGCAAACGAAGUGUUAUUGAAGCAGUGUACAACAAACUUAACCCGUACCGAAGCGAUGACACUGACUCGGCAUCUACAGACGACAUGUGGUAACACACCCUCCUACCACUAACACAACAUAGAGUUUACAAACCACCAUCCUCUCAAGACCCACAGCAGCUCAGCUCAGCAGUCUGUCUCUCCGUCACUCUGAGCUUUUGGUUUCUAAGAAGGGAAUACAUGGCAGGAGGAGGAGGAAGCGGAGGAGGAAGAGUUGCAUGCACAUAAACCUGGAAUAGUGCAGCACCAGUCCACUCUGGAGUUCAGGAUCCCCACCAUCUUGUCUCCCUUUUUAUGUUCACCCUCCUUAUUAUUCUUCUCUAAAAGUAAUCCACAACAAGUGAGUCCACAAGUUUUUUUUUUUUUUUUUUUGUUAAAUAAUCCGCCUGAAUAGUAAAGAUUUUCUUUUGCUGUAAUUAAUUUGAUUCACAUUUCCUUGUGUGUUUGUAUAUUUCUGUUUUUGUGAAGUGCAAUUGUCCUGUACAAACAGCCUGUAUUUAAUGCAGCUUGAUUUUAAGUUUAAGAACGAGAGAGAGGGGAAAAAAAUUGAAAGAAAUGGAAAAAAAGAGAACUUUUUAUGCACUAUCUGCCUUUUUCUGCUCUUCUGAAAUUCAAAUGUUUAUUCAGUGAAUAUUACCGCAGCGUCCGCAAGGCACAAUGUCUCUGCUUUUUACUUUCUUCUGCAACACUUUCCUGUUUUUCCCCUUCGGUUAGUCUAUGCUCCUUUAAGAAACGGGUAAAUUGUAUAAUUGACAGCACAGUAAGCUCUCAUAUCAAACAGUUGAAAUCCUGAUCAGUUUUGUUUUGAUUAUUUUACUUUCAUAACAGGUUUUCUGUACACACUCUAAUAAUAAUAAUAAUAAUAAUAAUAAUGGCAGUUUGACAGAAUGAAGUGGAGAAAUUGUUCUUUUUGUCCAUUUUUAAGAGGCAUUUACCGACUGGUGUUGACUGUUUGUGGAUAGAUGUGUGUGUGUGUGUGCGUGUGAGUGUGUGUGUGUGUGUGUGUGCGUGUGUGUGAGUGUGUGUGUGUGUGUGUGUGUGUGUGUGUUCGUGUUCUAUGGAGCUGGAGUUUAAGGAAAGAGUCGCCCCCCAGAAACCGCCAUGCUUUAACUCGGAACAGCUUUGGAUAAUAAAAUAUAUAGAUGCUGUUAUUCUGUAAUGAACUAAGUUAACCCAAAUUGGCCUGAAUUUAUAAAUAUAUUGUGUCAUAUUUACAAAAACUAAUUCCUAAGCAUCCAAGUAGACCACUAUAGGUGCCAUAUAUUGUUAUUUUUAUCUUUAUUACAGCCUAUGCCAAUUAAUUUCUGAGGUUUCCUCAUCAAAUAAUUUGAUUUGAACUGUUUUAAGCACUGAUUUUCUAGGUUUAAUGUUUUAAAAAGAGAAACUUUUGGCUCUUAUAUUAAUAAGACUAUUCAUUUCUCCUGGUCUUUAUGUCAACCAAGAACAAAUGCAUCACUUAAAUCUGUCCUGCUUAACCAUAAACCACAGCAGAGAGUUUGCUGCUGUUUGUCUGUUAUGUGGGUUAAAUUUUUUUUAAAUAUAUAUAGAUAUAUAUUUCUAAUUUCCCCCAGAAAAUAACUAAAUAAAUCACUGACUAAACAUGUAUUUAACAACACGGUAGAUGUAUUUCUUGAAGAGAAAUGCUUUCAUUUCAGAUUUCUGCCAUUUUCUUUUUUUGUCUUGCAUUGUUAUGAAUUUUUUGUAUGUAUAUAAUAUUUCUGGCCUAAUUCUUUUGAGGAAUAAAUCAUUUCGCUUGAGUAUUUUUUUUUUAAAUGCCAUUUAGCCUAAAUGUGAAAUCAACUUUUCUUCUAAUCAUUUUGUAAAUGUUUCAUUAAUGUAGAACAGAGUAAUAAUUUACUAAAUUUAUAAUCCUUAAUUUAUCUUUAAAAGAAAAAAAAGACAAUCCUCACUACUUCACCACAUUUCUGUUUGUGAUGAGUAGUUAAAUCCUAAAAAUCAGACUUCAAGCUGCUUUCCUAUUGUGCUUUUGUGGCAAAGAAAUAAAAAUAAAAUCCCCACCAAAGACCUUUCUGAUUUGACAAAAGGAAAAACACAACAACCGAACUCCUGCAGCAUAAACAGAAACCACACAUUUUAAUUUUCAAAUUUUAUUUUUGUUGGGUUUUAAAGGUACUCUGGUGUUUUUGGUAAAAUAGAAAAAUCGUUUUCUUUAGGUGGCUGUAGGGGGCGCUAGUGUGGAUAAGAAGAAUCAGUUUAAUGUCUCUGAGGCAACAUUAAACUUUAAGACUGAGUUCAGUUAGUUCAGAAAUACUGAAUGUUGAGCUCCACAGAACCGAUCUGCUUAUGAACUGCUAAUAAAAUUUAUUGAAUUAUUUAAUCAAAGCGACAUAAAGAUUAAAACAGCUGAACUGCAGUGUGUUUAACUCCUUCAGAAAUGUAAAGAACUGUACCUACAUUCUGUAAAAUAGUUCGAUUUAUUCACCGUGUUUGAGCAAAGAUGAUUUCUAUUGUAUAUAAAAACGUAUUUUUUUUUUUUUUGUCAAGCAGCUCUUUUGAUUUGCUCUGCAUUGCUUGUAUUUAAGCGCACUAGAUGUCUCCUAACACCUGCCAGCCUUCACACCUGGUAGGUAUCAACUUCUGCAUCACUUAUUUCAUAAUUAGGAACAAAUGUUUGCUUGUGUAAUUUACAGAAAUCAAACUUAGGGAGUGCCCUGCUUUUUUUUUUUUUUUACAGUAUUUUUUUAUUUUUGUUUUUAGCAAAGAUUUGUGUUAUGCCCAUAUUCAUCAUCAUAUAUUCAUCCUUUUGCCGUUCUUUUAAAUGAAUGAUCCCAAACAGUUUCUGAUGAACUGAAAUACCUCAUAAUCUUUCUGGGAGGUUUCGUCGACUUUUAGCUCAUUAGUUUCCUUUUUGUUGUUUUUUUAAAAGCCUGAUUACUUAAGUAAAAGUGGUUAAAUGCCAUAAUUCAGGGUUCGAUUGAGUAAAAUGAAGUGGAUGAGGAAGCUUCUGCUAACUACACUGCAAAAACACAAAAUCUCAGGUAUUUCUGAUCUGGUUUCUACUGUAAAUAUCUUGGCACACUUUUAGUAAGACAAAACUAACUUAUAAGUGACUUUUUAGCAAGAUAGUAAUUCCUUAAUACUGAUGGAAAAAGUGCUAGCUCUACUGACAGAUUAUUUUUUAAAGAUUUCAAAGAUAUUUUUAUGUGAAAUAAUUUACCAGUAGAACUUGUAAUUUUUCAUCAAUAUUAAGGAAUUAUUGACUUAUAACAAGCUCAUAAAUUAGCUAAAAAGUUACUUUCAAGUCAGUGUAAGUGUAUUAGAAUAUCUGCGGUGGAAAUGGACCAAAAUACUUGGUGAGAUUUUGUGUUUUUCCAGUGUCUGAGCAUCGUUGUUGGACCACAAAGAAGCCCCUCCAACUCUCCCCUGAGUUUUAUACCUGCUCACCUGUGUGGCGUUCGCUUUAAGUCGAUGACGUAAUUUUUUAGGAAGCGUGAGGAAAAAAAAAACAGCAGAUCAGCCACAACGAUGUGGGACUCUGUGAUGCAAAAACACAAAAUUUCACCAAGUAAUUUCUGUCUGUUUUCAGUGCAAAUAUCUUAUUACCCUAAAACUAACUUACAAGUAACUUUUCAGAUGGAUAUAGGAUCUUGUUUUGUCAAUUAUUCCUUAAGAUUGAUGGAAAAGUUCUAGUUUCACCUUUGAGAUAAUAAUGUCCUGUUAUAAUUUAUAGUACUUAAAAAUAUAUGCAUGUACAUUAGGGAACAAUUGACUUAAAUCAAUGAAAAGUUAUUUGUAAGGUUGUUUAAAUGUACUAAAAUAUUUGCACUAGAAAACAGAGCAAAAGAAAUCUUGGUAAGAUUUUGGGGUUUUUGCAGUGCAGAAAAGAAAAAUGUUGGUCCUACACUGCAAAAACACAAAAUAUUAGUUUCUACUUUCUAGUGCAAAUAUCUUAGUAAACUUAAACCAACUUACAAAUAACUUUCCAGCAAGAUAUAGGAGCUUGUUUUAAGUAAAUAAUUCCUUGUUGCUGGUGGAAAAAGUUCCAGUUCCACUGGCUGAUUAUUUCACUUAAAUCAAGACAUUUUAUCAUGUUAUGAAUUAAAUAAUCUGCCAGUGGAACUAGAAUUUUUUCCACCAAUAAUAUGGAAUUAUUUACUUAAAACAAGCUUCUAUGUCUUGCUGAAAAGUUACUCUUAAGUUAGUUUUGUCUGAUUUCUAGUGUGUUAAGAUACUUUUACUAGAAACUACAAAAACACUUGCUAAGAUUUUAUGUUUUUGCAGUGUGUGAAUUAUUUUUAAUGCCUCUUGGCUCCUUUUCGUGUCGUCAAACCUUCAGGGACCCCAAUCCCUGCCGCUUUUCUGCAGCAGGGAUUGCCGUCUGCUACAGCGUGCCAAAGCAACAUCCACAGAAACGUAGUUGCUGAUUGUUGUGCGACUAAGUAAAUAACAGUAGUCAUAUGCACUGAUCACCUGUCUAAUCAUCCAAUUUUGUUAUUGUAUAAAAUGAAUUAUAAAGCUAUUUACAGAGUUACCUUUGGUUGCCUGGAAUGCAUCCUGUAUAUUCUUGUAUGGAGGAGUACCUAGCAGACUAGAGAGAUUUUAAAUGCUCGCGCCCCUCAUGUACAUAUCGAUGUACCUGUGUCGUGGCGUUUACUGUGUGACCCUUAGUGGUGGUUUUUCGUCCCCUUGCUGGGUGACCCGAGCCUCACUUUGCUGAUCUUUUUUCAGCUCAUGAAUAAGCUCACCAAUUUGCCUUACCCAAUUCUCAUGUUGCCCCCUUUCACCUCCUACACUGCAAAAACAAAAUCUCACAAGUACUUUUGAUUUAGAUUCCAGGUCAAAUAACUUAAUUCACUUGAAAUAAGACAAACCUAAUUUACAUGUAACUUUUUAGCAAUAUGUAGGAGUUUGUUUUCAGCCAAUAAUUCAUUAAUAUUGAUGAGAUAAAAGUACUUAUUUCACUUAUAAAGAGACACUUUUCCAGUAGUAUAAGUUAAUUAAGUACUGCACUGCAAAAACACAAAAUCUUAGAAGUAUUUCUGUGUAGUUUUUAGUGCAAAUAUCUUAGUACACUUGAAAUAAGACAAAACUAACUUACAAUUAAUUUGUCAAAAAGAUUUAGGAGCUUGUCUGAACUUUUAAUUCCCUAAUGUUGAUUUUUUUUUUUUAUGUACUAGUUCUGCUGGUGAAUUUCUUUUUCUCUUAUAGUUUCAUUUUUCUCAUGUUUUAAUUGAAAUAAUCUGUCAAUGGAACUAUUAUUUUUAAAAAAUAAAAGUUCUAAUUAAGGAAUUAAAUGUUGAAAGAAUCUCCUAUCUUGCUGAAAAGUCACUUGUAAAGUUAGAUUUGUCUUAUUUAAAGUGUACUAAGACAGAAGAAACUGAACAAAAAUACUUGAUAAGAUUUUGUGUUUUUGCAGUGUAGUUCUUUUUCAUUACUAUUAAAUAAUUAGUAACUUAAAACAAGCUCUUGCUUAAAAGUUACAUUUAAGUUAGUUUCAUAUUUGCACUAUAGACUAAGCAGAAAUAUUAGGUGACAUUUUGUGUUUUUGCAGUGUAAAGUUAUUGCCCUUCCACCUCCACCAAAUAAAAAAAAUAAAAUUAAAUAAAAAAAAAAAAACACUACGAGGAUGAAUACUGCUGCUGACAUUACAGCUUACAGAUUGGAAAGUUUUUGUUUUUGUUUUAUUUUUUAAGGUACUGAAUCUGUCCUGGCUGUCACAAGGUACAACUUUCUACCCAUGUCGCCACAUCUGAUCCCAGCCAGAGGCUUGUUUUUAUUUCCAAUGCAAAUGAUGUCAUACAUUUAACGAAUGCAAGUGUUUUGAACAUGGUAACCUCGUCAAGCAUUCAAGGUGUGCAUACAUACAUUAAUGUACCUGCUCUAUUUAUGAUCACAUAGAAGAAUAGCUUUAGAGUGCUGUAGUUAAAUAUUGUCAGUGUUGAUUCAAAUGCUUCUCAGAGGCCUCUGUGAGUGAUUUUACAAAGUUCAAUAACUGUAUAUUUUGUAUUAUGUUCUAGCUCCAAAGGAAUGACAGAAAAAAAUGUUUUAAAAAAAAGCUUUGUUCCCUGAACUAAAUUGUAUUAUUUGUGUUGUCGAUUGAACAAAUUGCAUUCCUUGCUUGUGAAUAGAUGCAUUUUUCUCCCUGCUCCUUAAAUUUUCUCCUUCUUUUCCUUCCUUUCUUUCAUUUUUUUUAGCCAUUGAAGUUUGAAUAAAAUUUCUAGUUUGCAGAAUGUAUUACUAAAUAAAUGGGUUGUCAUCUUGUA